ACAAAAACAAAGAAGUUAUUAUCUAAAGUUUAAUACGUUUUUAUUCCAAAUUCUGUUACGAAUUCUCACAUCUAACCCAGAAGCAGUACAGCGCUUUUUAAACCAGUUCUCCUAACGGAGCCAGUUGCUCCUUAUCUACAAACCAUAUCCAUUAUGGACCUACAAUUCGACAGUGAAACCUAUUGGAACCGAUCCUCCCGAGCGGCGUUCAGCUUUGACGAUGAAGACGAGGUGGACAUCGCCCCGGAUUUAGCUAGUAAUGGAAUCCUCGCCGAUGACACCAUUUCGGAGGCCAGCUUCAACAACAGUGUUGUCCUGAACCUUUCGAUUAAAUCCAUUCUAAGCGAGGAGGCCCUAAAACUAGUGCUCCAGGAGCAAGCUCUUGAUGACAGGGUGCUGCCCAAGGGCGUCUCUCCGGAGGAAGAGCUAAAGCUCCUUCGUCGCCAACUUCAGAGCACUUUAUAUAGUCCAAAUCUGGAGGCCACAGCCCAAAAGUUGCUGCAGGGAAAGACGGCGCCCUUGGAAAUGUUUAAAUCUUUACAAGAGAAACAGCAGCUACUGGACACCCUGACGGCCCAGGGUGGUGGUCAUGCCGUCAUUACUGUAUUACUAUUCCUCAAGAGAACACUUAAUACAGUGCAAUUCCAUGGGAUUCUAAGGGAAAGACCCAAGACAUUGGAACAGUACUUAAGUUAUCUAAAAGAAAGCGGCGACCUGGCCAGUCAUAUAGAGCUACUGCAGCGAUUUGGACGUCAUCAGGAAGCGGCUUUAAAACAGUUUCAGGCGGCCCUGGCCGCUGGAGAUGUGCCAACACGAAGAAAACAUCUCCAGCUUCUGGUAGAUGCCUAUGCCAAUGCGGGAGUAGGUAUCAUACCGCUCUACGAACAGGUGUUUCAUGCCGCUUUUAAGAUGCAACAGCUGAUGGAGAAGGAAAAUGCCCUAGGCAAAUUUCUCCCUGAUCAACCGACCCCCAUUGAGAUACUCUACGCCUGCUGCCAAGCCAACAGCAAUUGGAAGGAACAAGACAUGCUGAAGCCCGUUUCCCCACAGCGAUUUGCCACCGAUCAGCAAAUAUCCCCGGCCCAGUACGAAUGGACUGCCCUGAAUGAAAGGGCUCAGGCCCAGGCUUAUGCGGAUCUGGAGUGCAUAUUCGAGAGAGUGCCCAGUUGGCAUCCACUGAAAACCAAGCAGUUCCACAUUAGCUUCGAUUUGACUCUGGCCGUUCUUCGACUUUACGAACUGCAGGCUCCGUCCACCGUUCUUCAGUUAUUUCUCUCCAAGAUGGGCAACAGUGUUGAGAAACUAGCACUAGCCCAGCGGGUUAAGUGUAUAAAGGCGGUUAUAGAUGCAAUGGUCGGGUUAAAGCAGCAACAGGAAUUGCAGCAACUCAAGGAAACCCUGCCCGACCGAUCCGAGGAGCAGUUCUAUUGCGAGAAUGCCAUAAAAAGCCUGCAGAGUAAGCGAUGGACCACGGACAACAUCAAGCUCAAACUGUAGAAUCGUCUCUCUUUUAUUUGUAUAAACGUAUUUUAUUGUUAAUCAUAUAUAUGUGUAUAUAAUUAUAUUAAUUCUACUCUGAUUUUAUUAAAUAAUUGCAAAUCACAAGCUGAAUAUCGAAUAAAAAACAAAAAUUUGUAUGUUAUGUGUA